AUGGAAUCUGGCUUCACCACCAAGGACACCUAUCUGAGACAUUUUAACCCUAGGGAUUACCUAGAAAAAUAUUACAGCUUUGCUUCCAGACAGUCUGCAGAAAACCAGAUUGUUAGGCAUCUUCUGGAAAAUCUUUUCAAGAUAUUCUGUGUGGAUGGUGUGAAGGGAGACCUCCUGAUUGAUAUUGGCUCUGGCCCCACCAUCUACCAGCUCCUCUCUGCUUGUGAAUCCUUCAAAGAGAUUAUCGCCAGCGACUACACGGACCAGAACCUGAAGGAGUUGGAGAGGUGGCUGAAGAAGGAGCCAGGGGCCUUCGACUGGUCUCCGGUAGUGAACUACGUGUGUGAUCUUGAGGGAAACAGAGUCAAGGGGCCUGAGAAGGAGGAGAAGUUACGGCGGGCAGUCAAGCAGGUCCUGAAGUGUGAUGUGACCCAGAGCCAGCCGCUGGGACCCGUCUCCCUGCCCCUGGCUGACUGCCUGCUCACCACACUGUGUCUGGAUGCUGCCUGCCCAGACCUACCUACCUAUCGCUCUGCCCUCAAGAACCUCAGCAGCUUGCUCAAACCAGGGGGCUUCCUGGUGAUAGUGGAUGCCCUAAAGAGCAGCUACUACAUGAUUGGAAAGCAGAGGUUCUCCAGCCUCUCUCUGAGCCGGGAGACUGUGGAGGCAGCUGUGAGAGAUGCUGGCUACAGGAUCGAACAAUUCCACGUGAUCUCUCAAAGUUACUCCUCCACCACAGCCGACAAUGAAGGACUGUUCUCCCUGGUGGGGCGGAAGCUGAAUGGGUCUGUGUGA